AUGCCGAAGAAGGGACAGAAGGGACUUCGCAAGCCGUUCCUCGAGUGGUGCGCGGAGAACGGGAAGCGCGGCGAGAGGCUCGCCAACGAGUUCCGCGAGGAGCUGCCGACCGAGCUGACGUACGGGUCGAAGUACAAGGCGAAGUGGAAGUGUUUGAAGUGCAAGCACGUGUGGCGGGCGGCGGUGAACCACCGCACGAGGAGCGUCAGACCCAGCGGGUGUCCGAAGUGCGCGCAUAAUGCUCAUGUGAGCAAGACGCAUAACUUUCUCGCGUGGUACGAGAAGAACGGCGAGCUCGGCAAGAAGCUGUCGCGCGAGUACGUCGACAAGGACAAGCCGCCGACGGCGGUGCCGAAGGCGUCGCACUACAAGGCGAAGUGGAAGUGCAGCAACGUCGAGUGCAAGCACGUGUGGCGGGCGGAGAUGUGCGACCGCACGAGGAGCGACAAACCCCGUGGGUGCCCACAGUGCGCGAAUCAUGCGCCGGCGAGCAAGACGAACAACUUCCUCACGUGGUGCGAGAAGAAAGGCGAGCGCGGGAAGAAGCUGCUGAAGGAAUACGUCGACCCGGACAAGCCGCCGACUGCGGUGACCUACGGGUCGAAGUACAAGGCGCUGUGGAAGUGCGCGGAGUGCGACCACGAGUGGCGGGCGACGUUGAACCAACGCACGCACACCCGCUCCGCCAAUGCGUGCCCGGCGUGCAAAGCUCGCGAGUCCGCCGGCGACGAACACGCCGCCGGCUGA